AUGUAUGAAGAAAUAGCGUCUUGUCCUGUCGACCUGGAGAUGCUUUGCGCGUCGUUAAUGAUUCAAAGCAUCAAGGUUGUAUAUGAGCUAAAAAUCUAUACCGUCAACAUCACGGAAAGUCUCGUAGGUCAAUAUCCCUAUAUUGACAGCAUUCGAGAAACGCUGUUAUACAAGAGCUCUUGUCUGUGGAGCUGGUUGCAGCACCGGUUUUGUAAGAACGAGGCUCGAAUCAGCAACCGCGAGGUGUUGCCGCUUCCUCAGCUCAUUGACUUUCCACUACAACGACAACACUUCGACUUUAUAACCGAGAACUUCAUUGAUAUUAAAACACAAUUGCAACUUAUGCAUGCAGCAUUAGACGAUCUCCAACAGAAAGGAGAACAGGUUGAAAAGAACUUUGAUCGGCUUCAAAGACUGCUCAAGAACAUUUCGACAUGUUCAUGUGACCGUAAAGAUCCUUGUACUUGCGCACAAGUAUCAACUGCAGCUCCAUCGCUAGGACAUAUGUGCAAGAACAAGGUUACACGCUCAUACAAUCGACCUAGUGGGCUUCCAAGUGAGAAGGUGGAUCGACUAGACGUACCAAUAGACGUGGCCAAACCUUCAACUGCUCUGCAAGAACAGAGUUCUGCGCUUUUGAGCCAGAUUAUCAAAGCCAUAGAUGGCAAGUAA